GCUCCAAGUCGUUGCAUCUCUCCCUUGCAAGUUGCACCUCAUUUGCGGCACUAGCGCCGCACCUCAUCUCUAUCUUGGUACGCUGUUGUAAGCUUUGACCGCAGAAGGCCUUAUAAAGGACAGCGGGAAUUGGUCGCAGGCGCAAUGGCGGCCGUCUCCCCUGCUGUGAGCGCGGUGCUAGGGCCAGACCUCAGCAAUGCAGAAACGCUGCUGAAGAUGCUGAUGUCACCGUCCAAUGCGGAGCGAGGCCAGGCAGAGUCGCUCUUCGAGGAGUGCAAGAAGCACCCCGACCCUUUGGUGACGACGCUUGUCCUCGUGCUGCACCGCUCGACGGUUCAGGAGAAUCGGGCUAUGGCUGCAGUCCUGCUCAGGAAGGUUAUAACGAAAGACCAGGUGUCUCUUUGGCCCCAAUUGAGCACAGCGACUCAAGAUGGAGUCAAAAGCGGGCUUUUGCAGUGCGUUCAAAAGGAGGAGAGCAAAACAAUCUGCAAGAAGCUGUGCGAUAGCAUAGCAGAACUAGCGGCGGGGAUCUUUGAGGAGGGCCUCUGGCCGGAGCUCCUGCCGUUCAUGUUCAAUUCUGUCCAGUCUCAGGACGAUAGGCUACGGUGGAUUGCCUUGCUUAUAUUCAGCCAGCUGGCGGCGUACCUGGGGAGCAAGCUGCAGCCAUACUUGCAGACACUGCACGCCGUGUUCCAGGAAGGGAUGUCCAGCAGCAGCAGUUCGGACGUUCGGACGGCAGCGCUGCGUGCGACAACCGCAUUUGUGUCCACGUUGGAAACGGCCAGCGAAAGGGACAAGUUUCAGGAUCUGCUGCCAGCAAUGAUGCAAACACUGACGGUGGCGCUGAACAGCGGGGAGGAGGCAACCGCGCAGGAGGCGCUCGAGAUGUUCAUCGAGAUUGCCGGCACGGAGCCCCGGUUCCUGAGAAAGCAGCUGGUCGACGUGGUGGCCGCCAUGCUGCAGAUUGCCGAGGCCCAGCAACUCGAGGACAGCACCCGCCACCUGGCGGUCGAAUUCCUGGUCACGCUCGCCGAGGCGCGGGACAAGGCCCCCGGCAUGAUGCGCAAGCUCCCGCACCUCAUCGGCCGCCUCUUUGCGGUGCUCCUCAACUUUCUGCUCUCCAUUGAGGACGAACCAAAGUGGCACACGGCCGACAGCGAAGAGGAGAUGAUCACCGACGAGGACAAUUACGACGUUGGGAUGGAGUGCUUGGACCGAUUGGCGAUCUCACUGGGCGGGAACACGAUCCUCCCGGUGGCGAGUCAGCUGGUGCCGGCAUGCCUGAUCGACCAGGACUGGAAGAAGCGGCAUGCGGGGCUGAUAGCACUGGCGCAGAUCGCUGAGGGGUGCGCCAAGGUCCUGUUGAAAGACAUGGGCCCUGUCGUGGAGAUGAUCCUAGCGUCCCUGGGGGACCCCCACCCGCGCGUUCGGUGGGCCGCGAUCAACGCGCUUGGCCAGCUGUCAACCGACCUGGGGCCGAACCUGCAAAAGAAGUUCCACGCCAGAGUCCUCCCAGCGCUGCUAAACUCCAUGGACGACUUCCAGAGCCCCCGGGUGCAGGCGCAUGCGAGCGCAGCGGUACUCAACUUCACAGAGAACUGCGCGCCCGAGAUCCUGGAACCAUACCUCGACAGCCUCAUCAACAAGCUGUUGGUGCUGCUACAACAAGGGGGCCGGAGAAUGGUGCAGGAAGGGGCGUUGACGGCCCUGGCAUCGGUCGCGGAUUGCGCGCAGAACCUGUUCGACAAGUACUACUCCGCCGUGAUGCCGUACCUCAAGUCCAUCCUGCUGCACGCGACCGACAAGACGCACCGCAUGCUGCGCGCCAAGUCCAUGGAGUGCAUCAGUCUAGUUGGGAUGGCCGUCGGAAAAGAUAAAUUCCGCGCGGACGCGAAAGAGGUCAUGGACGUGCUGAUCAAGCUGCAGGUCGCGGACAUGGACGACGACGACCCGACGAUAAGCUAUAUGCUGCAGGCUUGGGCGCGGCUCUGCAAGUGCCUGGGUCAGGAGUUCCUGCCGUAUAUGGAGAUCGUGAUGCCGCCCCUGCUGCGGUCCGCACAGCUCAAGCCGGACAUCACCGUCCGGAACGCAGAUUCGGACAACGAAGACGAGGACGAGGAGGAUGAGAGCAUCGAGACGAUUCCGCUGGGCGACAAGCGGAUACACAUCCGGACGAGCGUGCUGGAGGAGAAGGCGACGGCGUGCAACAUGCUCUGCUGCUAUGCCGACGAACUAAAAGAGGGUUUCGCGCCCUGGGUGGAACAGGUAACUGAGAUCAUGGUGCCGCUGAUCAAAUUCUACUUCCAUGAGGAAGUGCGAAAAGCUGCCGUGUCAGCCAUGCCGGAGCUGCUGCGGUCGGCGGAGCUGGCGUUGAAAAAGAACGGGCAGGACAUCCAGCAGCUGAAAAAGCUGGCUGACGUCAUCAUCGGCAGCCUGGUAGAGAGCCUGGGCAAGGAGCCCGAGGCAGAGAUCGUGGCGAGCAUGCUGGAGUCGUUGGGCGAGUGCAUCCAGGUGGCGGGGCCGCUGCUGGACCCGGGCCAAGUGAAAAGCAUCGUGGACAAUUUCCAGGAAGUCAUCACGGAGACGCUCAAGCGCAAGGAGGAGAAGCACGCGCGCAGCCGCACAGAGGACUUCGACGAGGAGGAGGGGGAAAUGCUGGAGGAGGAGAUCGAGCAGGAAGACGAAGUGCUGGAACAGCUGGCGGAAUGCCUGGGCAAGAUGCUCAAGGUGUACAAGGCCCAGCUGCUGCCGCUCAUUGCGACGCUCGUCCCCUUCCUCGCGCCCCUGCUCGAGCCCAAGCGCCCCGCCGCCGAGCGCCGCGCGAUCAUCUGCAUCUUCGACGACCUCAUCGAACAGACCGGCGAACCCGGCAACCAGUACUUCGACCUCUUCAUGCCCGCGAUGCUCCACAGCGCAACGGACCCGCACGCGGACACGCGGCAGGCCGCGGUGUUCGGGCUCGGCGUGUGCGCGCAAUUCUGCGGCGCGCGGUUCCGUGGCGUCGCGCACGAGGCGCUGGCGAAGCUGAACGCGGUGAUCAGCGCGGAGGGCGCGCGCGAGGAGGAGAGCGUGCUCGCGACGGAAAACGCGAUCAGCGCGGUCGGCAAGAUCUGCGAGUUCCAGCGGGACUGCAUAGACGCGAAACUGGUAUUACCUGCCUUUUUGAGCUGCCUGCCCAUCAAAAACGACCAACUAGAAGCCAAGCUCGUGCACGAGUACCUGGUGUCGCUCGUCGAAAAGUCGGACCCGGACCUGCUUGGCCCGGGGCAGCAAAACCUCCCGAAAGUGAUCGCCGUUUUUGCGGAAGUGCUGACGGAAAAGGACUUAGUCACCGACGCGGCCGCCGGGCGGAUACGGGCCGUCCUGCGGCAUUUGCAAAAUUCGCUGCCGGUAGACGUAGUGCGGGCGACGUUUGGGGCGUUGUCGCCGGCGCAGCAGGCGGCUUUGCAAAGCGCGAUGAGUGUACAAGGAUGAUGUGGGGGCCCUGUGUAGGUAUGUGUCUGUCGUUAUAUGGUGGUUAUUGUUGUUGGCUCUUCUCGGUGGAACUAUCAUUAUUACGGAUAAGCGAAGGGGGAAGUUGCAAGUAGGAUGCGCAAGUCGCGCUUGUUGGUGCAAGCCAUAGAAGUUCAAGCCCAUCCAAGCUCAAGGCGUUUGGGUGUCGUCAAAUGUAUGUAUGUUCUUUUGUAUCUGC